AAAUAAACAAAUUGAAAAUAAAAACAAGAUAAUUAUUUAUUUUUAGUUUUCGUACCUUCUAACUAAAAGGAAGUGAUAUUAGUUGUAAAAUUAAUAAAAUAACCUUCAGUGUGCAAUAACAUUAAUUGAUAAAUAAUAUAUUCAUAAAAUAAUUAGUGAGAAAAUUGUUAUCAUUUUAGUAAAAUACAUACCUUCAGGACCUAGUGCUUAAAAAAUUUUAGAUGUGUUGUUGAACUACUAAUGUUCAUAAAUCCUUAACAAAUAUUAAUUAUGGACAUAGGGACCCCAACUGUUAACAGUUCAAUUACCAUUGAAGAUGUUCUUAAUAAUGAGGAAGAAGCAAGUACUCCUAAUAAGGCUUCCAUGGUUGUUCCUGUUAGCUUAGAAGGGAGCACAGAGGUUACAUCUGAGAUUAUACAAAGUCCUGUAUCCAAAGAAUGCGACAACAAAAAAAUUAAAGAGUUAGAUGCAGAAGAUUGGAAAAAAAGUUCUGAGCUUAAUAGUAAUAACAUACUAUCGAGACGUACAAGAUGCAGGCCCAACAAAUCGAUAAUUGAAAGUGCUAUUGCUAGAAAAGAACAGUAUUUUGAACCAUAUGAAAAACCGAGAGUCAAAAGGGGACCAAGAACCAAACCAAAGCUUAAUCCCGAUGAGUUAGAUAAUAACAUUUCUCCCGCCAAAAUAAUGUGUAUUACCGAAAGCAAAUCUGAUUCUGUGGCUGCAGAAUCGGUCAAGACUGAUUCUACAAGUUCGGUGAGAAAAUCCCCAAGAAAACUUGCCAGUGAUUGUAAAAAGAACAUCGGAGGAGAACGUGACAAUGAUGAAACAAUAAAAGAAAAACUGGCUUCUCGUAUGUGUAAAUGUACCGAAGAUAAAGAACUUUAUAUGAAGCAACCCAGUGCAGGUCCACAUUUCUGUAGUGCAAUAGAUAGCAUCGAUAAUAAAUUAUUUGGGUGUAGUAAAGAAGUAGAUGUAAACAAUGAGACUAUGUUGCGACCAUCCACUAGAGUUUCUUUCGGAUUAUUUUGCGAAUCACACAAAAAAAGACUGAUUAAACAUAAUUGCUGUUCCAUAUGCGGUACUUUUUGCACCCAGGGUGAUUUUUUAGAAUGCGCCUCCAAACAUCACUAUCACGACAGUUGUAAAUUGUCCCUGAAUGGAAAAUGUUAUUGUCCACAUUGCGGUUCGGAUUCUGUAUUAAGUACCACUACUCAUAUCAAAAUGUCUUCCGCAAUAACGCCUGUUUUUAUGCCGGUGCAAAGAUCUCACUCAAAAAAUGCUAAAAUAAGUUGCUCUGAAUUAAAAAACAUAAAAAAACCAAUGAUUUCUGAUCUCUUCCCAAAUCUUAUUGAAAAAAUUAGAAAACUUAGAACAGUCCAGUAUGGAAACCUAAAUAACGUUAAAACAGAUGAUCUGAUUGAAUCAAUUAUAAAUCACGAUGCAGAAAAGGUAUUUAUGAUUUUAGAGCGGAAUUGUGUCGAUCUAAAAAUAAAACUAAAAGAUCAUAAUCAGGGAACUUUUUUACAUUUAGCCGCAUCAAAAGGAAAUCAAUUAAUAACUCAUCUCCUGGCCACCAAUCCAGGUAUUAAUGGAAAUUGCCUGGAUGCAGAACAGUAUAGUGCUUUAAUGGUGGCAAUAUUGGAACAAAAUAACGAAACUGUCGAAUAUUUGGUUAGGAUUGGUGGUGCAGAUGUCACUUUAAAGGGUAUUGAUGGAAUGACCGCGUUACAUUUAGCAGCUAAAGUGGGAAACGAACCGGCUUGUAAAUACAUUUUAGAAACUGCCAUUGAUCCCUUAAUUUUAAUCAACGUUCAAGACGAUGGAGGAUGGACUCCGUUGGUGUGGGCUUGCGAACAUGGCCACGGUCAUCUGGUUAAAUACUUAAUAUCUAGAGGAGCCGAUAUCAAUAUUAGGGACGUUGAACAAAAUGUAGCAUUACACUGGGCAGCAUUUAAAGGGGGCACGCAGGUUGUACAAUUGCUUUUAGGUUACAAAGCUGAUAUUAAUGUUGUUAAUGCUCAUGGUGAUACACCACUUCACAUUUGUGCCAGAGUAAAUCACUACGGCUGUGUAAUUUACUUACUGACACAAAAAGCCGAUUUUUCCAUAAUAAAUAAAAAUAAUGAGAUUCCGUAUGAUUGUGCCCCACAUGGAAGUGCCUGUAGUGUUUUAUUAGCCAAUCGUCUAAAAAAUGAAUCCUCCGAUUUCCUUAAAAGCAGCCUCGUGGCGAAUGACAUAUCACGUGGUAGAGAAUUAAACCCGAUUCAAAGUUACAAUGACAUAGACGAUAAACCUGAACCCGAAGAUUACUCUUAUAUUACCAAAAAUUGUAUCACUUCCGACCUUCAUGUAAAUAUGAACAUAAAAGCAAUGAAACCAUGUAUUUGUGUUGACCGAUGUAACAGUUUGAGUUGUACAUGCGCGAAACUCUCUUUAAGAUGUUGGUACGGUGCUGACGGGAAAUUAGUACCUGAAUUUAACUUCUCUGAUCCUCCCUUAAUCUUCGAAUGCAACGACUUAUGUAACUGCAACAAAAUCUUGUGCAAUAACCGUUUGAUACAAAAGCCACUUUCGCAAAGGUUUCAAUUAUUUCGCACCGAGAGUAAAGGCUGGGGCAUUAAAUGUUUAAAUUUCAUCCCUAUGGGCAGUUAUGUGUGCGAAUAUAUUGGGGAAUUAAUGACUGAUGUCGAGGCGGAACUCAGGGAAGACGACAGUUAUUUGUUUGAUCUUGAUAAUAAGGAAACAGAUUCGUAUGCAAUAGACGCAAAAUUCUACGGUAACUUUGCCAGGUUCAUUAAUCAUUCUUGCGAUCCAAAUUUGCACCCGGUAAAAGUGUUUGUUGACCAUCACGAUCUGAGGUUCCCUCGGAUUGCACUGUUUGCCAAAAAGGAUAUUAAAGCUGAUGAAGAAUUGAGUUUUGACUAUGGUGAAAAAUUUUGGCUUGUGAAGUACAAAUCGUUUACAUGCGACUGUCGUGCUAGCACUUGCAAGUAUUCCAAAGAAGCAAUUGGGAAAAUUCUAGAAAAAUACCAUAUGUAAUAUAAGUGGUUACCAUAUUUGUGUUCUUCCUAGUACAAAAAGUAUGUGAUCUUUGUUUUGUUCUAUUGUUUGUUAAAAUCAUUGUGAGAAGUAUAUAAUUUUAUUAAUUUUGUUGUUGUUAAAUAAAGUACUUACUUUUGGA